CAUCAUCAAGCCUGCUCUAUUUUCCUCCAUAUGUGCUUACAUCUAUCGGCAAUUUGAUCUUACAGGUUGACACCGAAUCAACACCAGAUUGCAGGACCACGUCCUAGAUUUGACAUUGGAGUGUGGUUUCCGACGCCCACUACACCCAAGUCGGAGGUAUACGCAUCAUCAUCAGCCUCAGUCGUUUGCCCUGCUCAAGACAAGUUCGCAUCAUCUUUCUGUACAACAGGGGUCAAUCGACACAUACCAGGAGAAUGGCAGCAGCAGAAUUCAUCAAUCUGGUUCGCGGAUGGCCAAGUACGACACUGCUCCCUACAGAACAUCUGAGCAGAGCGGCUCAAAAAGCAUUGGCUGACCCGUCAAUCGCAUUCCCUGGCAUGCUAUAUGGUCCCGAUGAGGGAUAUUGUCCACUGAGAGAAACCCUUGGGCUUUGGUUGACGUCUUUCUACCGACCCGAGAAACCCAUUAGUAAAGAGAGGAUUACAAUCACGGGCGGUGCCUCUCAGAACCUAGGAUGUCUUCUACAAGUCUUUACGGAUCCUGCAUACACCAGAGAUGUGCUAUUCGCUGCGCCUGCAUAUAUGUUGGCCUUCCGAAUCUUCGAGGACAAUGGUUUUGCAGGAAAGAUGAAAGCAGUUCCAGAAGACGACGAUGGUAUGGAUAUGUGUGCCCUACGAAAGGUAUUAGAGGAAAGCGAGAGGCGUACUCCUGAACAACAGUUAUCCAAGCCCUCAAGGCCAUACUCAAAAUACUACCGCCAUGUAAUCUACUGCGUACCGACAUUUUCGAACCCAUCUUCCCGAAGUAUGCCCUUGGAGCGCAGGAUUGAGCUAGUAAAGCUGGCUCGAGAGUUCGACGCCUUGGUCGUCUCGGACGAUGUCUACGAUUUUCUGCAAUGGCCUUCAGACUCCAACAUCCCAACUGGCAUUACUAAGGCUCUAUGGCCCCGUAUUGUUGACAUUGACCGCUUUCUAGACGGAGGAGCGGAGCGCAGUGGAGCCGAUGGCUUUGGCAACGCAACAAGCAGCGGAAGUUUCAGCAAGAUCUGUGGACCAGGCAUUCGUGUUGGCUGGUCUGAGGGAUCUGCUAAAUUUGCAUACGGCGUAUCUCAAGCUGGCACUUCCUGUAGUGGUGGAGCACCCUCUCAGCUUACGUCUACUUACAUGAACAUCUUGGUGAAGGAAGGUACCCUGUCUACCCACAUUUUCGAGAUAUUGCAACCAGCAUAUGCUGCACGUUACAAGACGCUGAUGUCGGCAAUCGAGAGGUACCUGUGCCCCCUCGGAGUCAAAUUGCCGCAGUCAAGACGCAAUGUCGUGGGAGGCUACUUCUUAUGGUUGACUUUGCCUAAUUCGAUCAAUGCAGAUAGCUUUGCAGAGAGGUGUCAAAGCGAAGCUCGAGUCAUCGUUGCUCCUGGGAGCAUUUUCGAGAUUCCUGGAGACAGCAGUGUUAAGUUUGACCACUCCAUCAGGUUAACCUUCAGCUGGGUCGAUAAGGAUCUGAUGGUUGAGGGGGUCAAGAGAAUCAGUGGAGUUCUAGAGAGUUGUUUAAGAGGCGAGGGUCCGAUAGCGAUUCGAAAACAAGACGACAAGGACGAGAAACCAUUCUGAGGUCGGGUUCUGGGAGUCCAGCUCAGCAUGGGAUCCUGCCCUCCCCGUGUGCUAAACUUUGUCACGCGCACCCUGUAGAAAUGCACAAUGUUUUUAAAAUCAGUGCAGCCCUCCACUGAGAGUGUGAAACUCAGCGCCUCUCUGCGGACGACUAGAGAGAUCUUGAAAAUAUUGUGCAUUUCUACAGACUAAAUAACCCCGGGCAUGGCCGUGGGAGAUAGCUAGAAGUGACAGAAUUUAGCACACGGGGAGGGCAGUGGAUUAGAAACAAAUUCUAGCUUCUACUGUGCUUUCUUUACCUGGUCGUCAGAAUGCAGAGCAAAUAGCGAUCCAAAGUAUG